AUGCUCGAGAGCACCAACGAAGAUGAGACCUGGCGCUCCAUUCGAUCGAGACUGGACCCACCAAAAAAGUGCCUGGGGCUCACACCAAUCGUUUAUAAGGAAGCGCUGAGGACGGAGCGUGCCUCAGUGAAUGAGGCCUGGACGGACCACGGCACAGAGCUGCAUGAAGACGCAACUGGGCACUGCCGAAACCGAAUCUAUUGGCACCAAUAUGCUGCACAACUACCGCGCCUCGACCCGGUACCGGAAUGGAACGACCCAAUCUUCUGGCCUGAAUCUGUUCGGGCCCUGCUAUGCUCAAGCAACCGCAAAACACCUGGCAUUGACGGUAUCCCUGCGGAGUGGAUGAAACUGGUGACCCCAAAAGACGAGACAACAGGGACACCAUCGAUACCAGAUGAACCUGACACAAUCUUAGGCAAACGCCUUGUGGAGCUCAUUCAACGUAUGUUCGAAGAAGCGUACAUCCCUGAUAUAUGGAGGACUGUCGAGGUCGCACCGAUCCUCAAAAAGGACUCCCACACACACAAAGACAUGAACAUCUACCGGACUAUUCGCCUCAUCCUGUCAAUCAUGAAUCUACUUUGCGCCAUGCUCACGAACCGGAUCCAGAGGCGCCUCGAGGAACGCAAGUUCUUCGCCCCAGAACAGGCUGGAUUCCGGAGCCGCGAUGAGUGCAUGAACCAUGCCCUGACCCUCAUUGAAGUGGCGCAACGUCGCUUUAUUCGUGACCGACAACCAACUUACGUAUGCUUCACCGACUUCCGAAAGGUCUUUGACACGGUCCCGCAUGAUGCUCUCUUUUUGAAGAUGGAACGAGCCGGAGUCUCCAGAAAGUGCUUAGCGUUCUUCCGUGCGCUCUAUGCAGACUCGUGGAUGCGCAUCCGACUGGGCGACAGCUCAAGAACCCCUUGUAUAAGAAUACGCCGUGGACUACAAAAGGGCGAGCGCGCAUCCCCGCUCCUUUUCAACAUCUUCAUCAACGAUCCGCUGAAAAACUGCAGACAAUACGGGCUUGAGGUGCCGUGGAUAGACUGGGGAGAUGCCCGAUGA